GGUCACUUGUGGCCGGCGCGCGACGCGGUAGCACGUUUUUUUCUCCGCGCUCGCUUUUACAUUUUAUACCUAUAACAAUUCCACAAUCAUAACUGUUGCAGCAUUCGCCGAGCGGUGUGGAAGGGUCGGCCUUGGUGGACACUGACAUUGACAAGAUGGCGUCUGUAGACUACUCCAAGGUUCCAAUCACGGAGAAACCCCUCCACCAGCCACCACUGGAGGAGAUAGUCGAAGUGCUGUCCAAAGGGCUGGUGUCGAACUUCGAGGACGUGUCGGUGUCGGCGGAGGUUAGCCCGGACCUCACGCAGCCGCCCUACAACCUCAGCGCGCCUGGUCUGACCGGUAACGCUAAGCUGGUGGAGCUGGGCGGUCCACCGUACCUGGUGCCGACGGUGCGCCGCGACAAGUUGUACGACCUGGCAGAGCUGCUGCGCCACCUGCGCCGCGACCCCGCGCUGCUCGUCGGUGCCGGCGCUGGACCCUGGCCUUAUCUUGGGGUUAAUUGUGAGGGCAUCAUCAACCUAUCCCUGAAGGACGGCGUGGUGGAGCAGGGCACGCGCAUCGUGUCGGUGCAGCCGGCGGGCGCGGCGAAGGGCAGCAGCGGGUACAAGCAGCAGGGGCUGCCGCACACCGAGACCCGCACCGCGCUGCUCGGCAACUACCUGCUGUCCGACGGCGCGCCGGGCAAGGUGAUAAAGGUGGUGGCCAAGAAGCGGAUUGGGCCCGCUAACUUCAUCACCGCCAUCAGGGAGACUCUCAAGCAGCACUACGGGGAUAAAGUUGUAGGUCUAGGCGGCACGUUCCUGCUGCGCGAGGGUAGCGUGAAGCACCACGUGAUGCCGGACUUCUCCGGGACGCCGCUGUGCUCCGACGCCGACGUCGACAACUGGCUACACUUCUUCGAGAUGCGCGCGCCCAUCGUCCACGUCGGCACGCUCGUCACCGGCGAUAUGGGCUUGGACCUCCGCGUGCAGCACUUCCACGGUUUUAGCGCGCACGGCGACGGCGGCCACUACCACUACGACGUGACACCGGAACAGGCGCACUACGAGGCGUACCUCGCGCUCGCCGCCGCCGUCGUGCGUAUAGACCCGCCCGCCGACACGCACGCCAUCGGACGCGAUUAGCCACGCCCAACAACUUAUCGGAAUGCAUAAAAUCGCAAGGCAAUUAUUAUUAAAUCGUCAGCUACACACCCAAUGUUUUAUCGGAACGCAUUAAAUAGUUACAACAAAUCGCAAAGAUUUGCCGUACUAUAAAGUCAAGGGUAGAAUCGUCAGGCAGCUACACACCAGCUUACACCUUGUUAUAAAAUCGUAUGUUCAUCGUUCCGAGAAAUCGCCACGAUUCUGCUUACUGCACAGUUCGGCUCAUGAUGAACCGUUAGGUUUGUAGUUUGACUUUUUUGUGAAACUUUAUACAAACUUUUGUAAAUAUGCCCCAUGGUCC